AUGUCGCUCAAUAUGUCAAGGAGUGUGAUUCAUGCCAAAGGUCGGGAAAUAUUUCAUCCUGAAAUGAGAUGCCCCAAAAUAGCAUUCAAGUUUGUGAGAUAUUUGAUAUAUGGGGGGAUUGACAUUAUGGGACCUUUCUCAAUGUCUAAGGGAAAUAAAUAUAUAUUGGUGGCAGUAGAUUAUGUAUCCAAAUGGGCGGAAGCACAAGCAUUACCUUCUAAUGAUGCUCGUGUGGUGGUACACUUCCUAAAGAAAUUGUUUUCAAGAUUUGGUGUUCCUAAGGCUCUAAUUAGUUAUCGGGGAACGCACUUUGCAAAUGAUCAAUUAGCUAAGGUGUUACAAAAAUAUGGUGUACACCAUAGGUUUUCAACAAUAGCAUCCACAAACAAGUGGGCAAACCGAAGUUACAAAUCGGGCAUUAAAACGUGUAUUGGAGCGAUCGGUUGGAGGUUGGUCUAUGGAAAUAAUUGCCAUUUGCCGGUUGAAAUCGAGUAUAAAGCAUUUUGGGCUUUGAAAAUUCAUAAUUUUGAACUAAACGAACUUCGUGCCAAUCGAUUGAUGCAAAUGAAUGCCCUUGAAGAACAUAGAAAUGAAGCAUACACUAGUUCAUUAAUAUAUAUGGACAAGACAAAGAAAUGGAAUGACAUGAGACUAAAAGGUCAUAAAGAUUUUCAGGAAGGAAAAAAGGUGCCACUCUUCAAUUCAAGGUUAAAGCUUUUCCUAGGAAAAUUACAAACUAGGUGGGACGGGCCUUUUGUUGUUAAACAAGUUUUCCCACAUAGAGCUAUUGAGCUUAUAUCAAGAGACGGAAUCCCUUUCAAAGUUAACGGACAUAGAGUGAAACAUUAUGAAGAAGGAAUGCCAAUUGAAGAAAAAGAAGGGGAAAUCCUCACAUUCACACUAGCUGAAACAACUUGA